CGGGGGUGGGAGACGGAAACGGCACCGCGGAGCCGGAAAGGGGGAAUGAGGCGGUGGACGUUGGAACACCAUGAUGGAUAACCGCUUUGCUACAGCUCUAGUAAUUGCCUGCGUGCUCUGCCUCAUUUCCACCAUUUAUAUGGCAGCCUCAAUCGGUACAGAUUUCUGGUAUGAGUACCAUAGCCCAGCUGGAAAUGCCAGCGAACUUGGCAGGAGUAUUUUGGAGGAAUUCAUCAGUAUGGACGCAGAUGAGAAGACUUAUACAGAUGCACUGUUCCGGUGCAAUGGCACAGUUGGAUUGUGGCGGAGAUGUAUCACUGUUCCUAAAAACUCUCACUGGUAUAGCCCACCAGAAACUGAUAUGGUCAGAAGCUGCAUCAGUUUUUCCCUCUCUGAUCAAUUUGCAGAGAAGUACAUGGAGCCUGGGAACCACAAUAGUGGUAGUGACCUGAACCGGACCUAUCUUUGGCGUUUGCAGUUCCUCCUGCCCUUUGUCAGCCUAGGGCUGAUGUGCUUUGGGGCUUUGAUUGGCCUUUGUGCUUGUGCCUGUCGAAGCCUCUACCCUGCCAUUGCCAUAGGAGCCCUACAUUUCCUUGCAGGUCUGUGUACGCUGGGCUCAGUCAGCUGCUACGUAGCUGGAAUUGAGCUGCUCCACAAGAAGCUGCACCCACCUGAUGAUGUGCAGGGUGAAUUUGGCUGGUCCUUCUGCCUGGCUUGUGUAUCUGCUCCUUUACAGUUUAUGGCAGCUGCCCUCUUCAUCUGGGCAGCCCGCACCAACAGGAAGGAAUUCACGCUCUUGAAAGCGUACCGUGUAGCAUAAAUAGGACACUUCAUUCAUGGCCAGUUGCUGCUUCACAGUAUUUUGUUUCAAUAUUAUAGGCCUUUUCCCGUUCACACCCCAUCCUUCUUUUGGUCAGGUAUUUGCUCCAUGCACUGCGUGCUUCUUGCCAGUUGAGUUUCAGUGGUCUGUAGGUUUUGAAGACAAAGACCUCUGGGCCAAAUUACCAAACUUGAACAGCUUUCUCUUGCCAGAAGUCUGCAGAAUUUUAACAGACUUUUAUUAUAUAAUUAAAAAAAAAAAAAA